GAAUUUGUUUUAAAUAACUAAUAACUAAUAGUUUUUUUUGUUGUUAGAUAAAUAACUAAUAGUUGUUAAAUGUCUAAAUUUAGUAUGUAUUAAUGGCGGAAGCGGGUAUACUUAAAUAGUUUGUUAAAAAAAAAACCAAAGCAAUAACUAUCUCAACAAAGAACAUGAAAAAUACAGUAUUGUGUAACAUAAUAGCAACUAACAACUUAAACUGCCUUUGCCAGCUCCAAAAUACAAACAAAUCUCCAUAAUAACUUAUAUGUUUUCAGGUAAAAAAUCAUAUUAUUUAAAUAAAAGAAAAGAAAUGCAUUAGGAUAAAAAAAAUCAAACAAAAAUCAAGGCCUCAUAGAAGAACAAUGGCAGAAGAUGGGAUGUCAAUUCUUGCAUGUUAUAAUGCAACAUUUAGUGCUACAAAUGAUAUUUGGAUGACUGAUGAUGUUAUUGCCAAACGUGUUCCUCUUUUGUGUCUCCAAAUUGCUUAUGAUCUUUUGGUGUCUCGUUUUUUCUACUUCAUCCUCAAGCGUAUUCGUGUGCCCCUCAUUGUUGCGCAAAUACUGGCUGGCUUUUCUCUGAGUCCAACUCUCUUGGGAAAUUUCAAACCAAUAUUUGACUUGUUUUACGAGCAACAAGGAAUCCUAGCCAUUGAAACCUUUUCAAACUUGGGAAUAUUGUACUAUGUGUUCCUAAGUGGUUUAGAAAUGAAUUCAGACGUAAUCUUAAGAUCAAGAAAAAAAGGUACAAGCCUAGCAGUUGUUGGCAUUGUGACAUCAAUGUUAUUUGGUGUUGGAUUGCUUACUGUACAACACAAGCUUGAAGAUGAAAACGAUACUUUCUCACUAACACCUAAAGAAAAUCAUAAUGAAGCCUAUUUAUUUUGGUCUUUAGCACUUUCUGUCACGGGUUUCCCAGUCCUUGCAAGAAUCUUAGCUAAGCUUAAGCUUUUGUAUACAAAGCUUGGAAAAGAUGCAUUAACAGCAGCUAUGUUAACUGAUGCAUAUGGUUGGGUUUUAUUCACAUUGUUGAUUCCUUAUUCUAAGAUUGGUGGAAAACCUUUUCUCUCAGUAAUCAGUACCUUGUUGUUCAUAGUUUUUUGUUUUACUGUGGUGAGACCUAUCCUUACUCCAAUCGUUGAAAAGAAAACGAGUGCGAACACAUGGCGCAAGUCGCAAUUGUUGGACUUGUUAAUGGGAGUGUUUAUUUGUUCAUUUAUUACAGAUUGUCUUGGUACACACCCUAUUGUUGGAGCUUUUGUGUUUGGAUUGAUUUUGCCUCAUGGGAAGUUUGCUGAUAUGGUUAUGGAAAUGUCAGAUGAUUUUGUUUCUGGGAUUUUAUGUCCUGUCUACUUUGCUGGAUUUGGUUUUAGACUCAACUUGCCUUUUCUUUUGAAGCAACAAUCUGCAGGUUUAAUGAUGUUGAUUGUGGUUUUGUUAUGCAUACCAAAAGUUUUGAGCUCUUUGAUUGUCACUUUUUUCUUCGGUAUGCCUGCUCGAGAUGGCCUUGCCAUUGGAUUGCUUCUCAACACCAAGGGCGUCAUGGCUAUCAUACUACUAAAUGUUGCGUGGGACAAAAGGAUUUUGGAUCCAUAUUGUUUCAUGGUUAUGAUGCUUGCCAUUAUAUUAAUGACAGUGAUUGUUUCUCCCUUGAUAAGUGCUAUAUACCAACCAAAAUUCCGAUUCAUGCAAUCACAAUUAAAGACCAUGCAAAAGCUAAGGUUCGAUAUGGAACUUCGAGUUGUGGCAUGUGUUCACAAUACUAAACAUGCCAAUAGCAUGAUCCAUGUCCUUGAAGCGACAAAUGCAACCAGAGUUUCACCUAUACAUGUCUCAGUAGCUCACCUAGUUGAACUCACUAGACAUGGCACAGCUAUUCUUGUUUCACAAAUGGAUCGUUCAGACAGCACUGUUGGAACAGAAACAACCAACUAUGGAUCACAAUCAAAGUUUGAGAGCAUAACUAAUGCAUUCGAAGAAUUUGUAAAACAGUACAAUGCUGUUAGAAUUGACACAUCAAAUGUUGUCUCAUCCUACACAACAAUCCAUGAAGACAUAUUCAAUGUAGCCGAAGAGAAACGCGCGAGUUUGAUUCUCCUUCCCUUUCACAAAGAGUACUCAACAAUAGAAGGUGGUUUAGAAAUAAUCAACAAUCAACAUUGUGAGAUAAACAAAAAUGUUUUACAACAAGCACCUUGUUCUGUAGGGAUCUUUGUGGACCGUGGUUUAGGAUCAUUAUUAAAAACCAAAAUGCGCAUUGUAAUGAUCUUCAUUGGAGGACCUGACGAUCGUGAAGCCUUGUCUAUUGCGUGGAGAAUGGCAGGGCAUUCAGGAACACAAUUACAUGUUUUGAGGAUUCAUUUGUUAGAUAAGGCUGCAGAAGAAAAAUUAUCGAAAACGAAAAAAAUAAAGUCUCAUCAUGGAAUAUUGUCGACGGUUAUGGACAGUGUGAUGCAAAACGAGUUAGAUGAAAAGUACUUAAUUUCCUUCAGGCACAAGGCAGUAAACAAUAAUGAUUCUAUUGUUUAUUCAGAGAAGGAAGUGCAUUCCAAUACUGGUGAAGAGAUUCCGACACUUUUGAAUGAGAUCGAUAAAUCUGGAUAUGAUUUGUACAUUGUUGGACAAGGAAGUGGUAAGAACACGAAGAUUUUUUCGAAGUUGUUGGAAUGGUGUGACCAUCCUGAACUUGGUGUUAUUGGAGACAUAUUGGCUUCAACUAGUUUUGGUUCACAAUCUUCUGUGCUUAUUGUGCAGCAAUAUAUGAUUGGGAGAAAAACUGUUGUUAAACAAAGUCAUCGUGAAUCGAUGAAAACUGGUCCUGAAAUUUUGUAAACAAAGUCAUCAUGAAUCGAUGACACAAAUUAUGUUAGAAAUAUUGCUUGUAAUAGAAUUAUGUUCCACUCAAUUUUGGAUUGUCAACCACAAAACCACAAUGGUAAACUCCAUGUAAAAACCUUUCAAAAGUCAUCAUAGGCUAGUACCAAAAUUAUUGAUACUUGAAAUA